UCAUUACACAAACCCUAAAACCUAGCAUCUCUGGGAACGGAAUGCAACAGUCCACAGGUAUCUCAGAUACGUCAGAAAUGGUUGCUCCUUUGAUAGCAGGAAUCGCGGUGGCAGCUGCUGCUUAUGCGGGGAGAUAUAGCAUUCGGGCAUGGCAGGCGUUUAAGGGAAGGCCGCCGACGGCUAGGGUUCGAAGAUUUUAUGAAGGUGGCUUUCAGCCUAGUAUGACGAGGAGAGAAGCCGCUUUGAUUCUGGGCGUUAGAGAAAGUACUUCAGCGGAAAAGAUCAAGGAAGCACAUAGGAGGGUGAUGGUUGCAAAUCAUCCCGAUGCCGGUGGAAGUCAUUUCCUUGCAUCAAAGAUUAAUGAGGCGAAAGAUAUGAUGCUGAGGAAAAACAAGGGUGGCAGUGGCUCUGCAUUUUGAGGGGAAUAGAGUUUUAGAGCUGUUAACCCUUAUCCAGGGUAUAUUCACUUCGUGCAAUACCUUCAGAGCGAGAAAUAAGAGAGAGAAGGUAGUUU